AUGACCCUUACAACCAAUUUCAAGGUCCAACCAAUCGUGGUCGACGGGACAUCAUUCGCUCUCAACGGCAAGAAUGUCUCGUACCGUUUCCAUGUCGACUCUGCGACUGGGGACCUUCUUCUGGACCAUUUCGGUGCCCGCGUGACAGAAAACCCAAUCGCCCAGAUCCAAUCCAAUGGUGGAGGCUGGUCCACGCAGGCCCAUCUUCGUCGCGAGUUUCCAGACCUUGGCCGAGGAGACUUUCGCACUCCUGCUGUGCACAUCAAACAUGCAAAAGGUUUCACGGUCUGUGAUUUCAAGUACAAAUCUUACACAAUCAUUAAGGGCAAGCCUGCUUUGGAGAAACUGCCCUGCACCUUUGGCUCUGGUGACGAUGUUUCGACACUUGUGAUUCAUCUGCGUGAUGAACAGAGUUCUGUCGCCGCGGAUCUGUCAUACUCCAUCUUUCCCAACUCUGAUGCUAUCGUCAGAAAUGUGAAAAUCAUCAACAACAGUGAUGAUGUCAUCGUCGUGGAGAAACUAGCUAGCUUCAGCGUUGAUUUCCCUCACGAUGAGUAUGACAUGCUGCAGCUCCAGGGUGAAUGGACACGGGAGUGCAGCAGGACUCGUCGAAAGGUGGAGUUUGGAACACAAGGAUUUGGAAGCACAACUGGUUACUCGUCUCAUUACCACAACCCAUUCUUGUCUUUGGUCAACCCAACUACGACCGAGUCUCACGGUGAUGCUUGGGGUUUUUCUCUUGUCUACACUGGGUCUUUCAACGUCGAAGUUGAAAAGAGUCAUCAAGGGUUAACCCGAGCAGUUGUUGGGAUAAACCCAUGCCAACUCUCCUGGCCGUUGCGUCCCGGCGAGUCUCUCCAAUCGCCCGAAUGUGUUUCCGUCUUUUCCAACCUUGGCAUUGGCGAAAUGUCUCGAAAAUUCCACCGUCUCUAUCGUCGAAACCUUAUCCGAAGCAAGUUCGUUUCUGAAACCCGUCCAGUCUUGCUCAACAGCUGGGAAGGUCUCUACUUCAACUUUGACGAAAAGACAAUUUACAAGCUUGCACAAGAGUCUGCCAAACUAGGCGCCAAGCUCUUCGUACUCGAUGAUGGCUGGUUCGGAGACAAGCAUCCUCGUAUCAACGACCACGCUGGCCUGGGUGACUGGGUUGCAAACCCCAAGAGAUUCCCACAGGGCUUGGGCCCUCUCGUCGAGAGUGUAACCAAGCUCAAGGCUGCAGGUUCGGAAGAGAACCUACAGUUUGGUCUGUGGGUCGAGCCUGAAAUGGUUAACCAGAAGUCUGAGCUCUAUGAACAGCACCCUGAGUGGGUUUUAAGCGCAGGUACCUACGCACGCAGCGAGACUCGUCAACAGCUUGUCCUAAACGUAGCACUUCCUGAAGUGCAGGAGUAUAUCAUCAACUCAGUGGCUAAAAUCCUGGAUUCAGCGCCCAUCACUUAUGUAAAGUGGGAUAACAACCGAGCAAUGCAUGAAAGUCCAACGCCUGGCAACCAGCACGCUUACAUGCUUGGUAUCUACCAUGUCUUCGACGUACUGACUACUCGCUUUCCCAACGUCCUCUGGGAAGGCUGUGCUUCUGGCGGUGGUCGAUUUGAUCCCGGCAUCCUCCAAUACUUCCCACAAGUCUGGACAUCAGACAACAUGGAUGCCUACGAUCGUGUUCACAUUCAGUUCGGCACAUCAUUGGUGUACCCACCAUCAUCUAUGGGAGCGCAUGUGUGCUCUUCCCCGAAUGAUAUAACAGGACGGUCUAUCCCGAUGCGCUUCCGAGCCCAUGUCGCUAUGAUGGGAGGCUCCUUCGGAUUCGAACUCGAUCCAGACCACACGCCCGAGGAAGACAAGGAGCAGAUCCCAGAACUGAUUGCGCUCGCCGAAAGGAUCAACCCAAUUAUUAUCAGUGGCGACAUGUGGCGUUUGGUUCUGCCCGAGAAGUCCAACUUCCCUGCAGCAAUCUUUGUGUCGGAAGAUGGAAGCGAAGCUGUGCUCUUUGCCUUUCAAAUGAUGUCAACUACUGUUUCCAACUUUCCUCUACUUCGCCUGGCAGGUCUUGACCCGAAUGCAAGAUACAAGCUUGAUGGAGGUGAAAUUUAUUCUGGUGCAACCUUGAUGAAUGGUGGUAUUCAGUAUCGAUUUGGUACUGACUAUGAUAGCAAGGUGGUUAUUUUGGAGCGGGUGUAG